AUGUCGUGUGGAGUCCCAACGUCACCGCGAGGGCAGUUCUGAGGUUAGUCGCCUCUUGACAUCACUACACUACCAUGGACCCGGUCGACACGGCUGAGUCGACUGUCGGUGAGUGAGAAGUCCACCCAGAGAUCAUAGUGAGGAAAUAGUGCAUGUACUGAAGAGUGGAACGGGCAGUGUUAUUGACGGUCGCGACAAGUGCAGAGUGCGUCAUCGAUCAGAGGCCAGUACGCAGGUGCGAGGAGCGAGCCAGGCCCAGUCGGUGAGUGUGAGUGCGGGGUGAGAGCGAGAGACAUGCUGACAGGGGGGACCCUAGGACGACCACAACCAUGUCCAGAGACCCUUAUGGGGGGGCGUCUUUGAGUGGAGCGGGGGGAAACCGGUCGCCGAGGAGUGGACGCCGUCUCGGGGAACUGCCGACCGUAGACCGAUCGCCGUCCAGAAACUACCCGUCCGCGAUCGCCAGCCGAGGGAGUCCCGUGGGCCGGAAGAGCGGCCGAGCAGGAGCGACCUCCCCGGAGCAACAUGCGGGCUACCAGUCGAUGAGUUCCCCCUAUUACGGGCGCGAGGAGGAGCCGCAGAGUCCUAUGAUGGAGGACCGAGGGAGGGCGGGUGGUCACCACCGAUCCCGCAGCGCGACACGACCGCCCAACAACCCCAUGUCGGUCCGAUACCAGUCGCUGGACCGUGCGGGGGCUGAGCCCUCGGUACACGACCGGGAAUUCAUGCCCAUCCGCGAACCGAGGGAGCGCUCCCUCGAGAGGACCGCCGGCAGGGACAGAUCGCUGGACCGCGGAAUGUACCUGGAGGAGGAGCUGUACGGCAGCAGGUCCGCCAGACAGUCUCCUAAUACCCACCUGGGCAGAGACCCCGGGGGCGGCUACAUCGGGGAGCUACAGCACCAGAACAACGACCUCCAGCGGGAACUGGCAAACCUGAAGAAGGAGUUGGAGCUGACCAACCAGAAGCUAGGUUCCAGCAUGCACAGCAUCAAGACCUUCUGGAGUCCAGAACUUAAGAAGGAACGGGCCUUGAGAAAGGAAGAGUCGGCCAAAUACAGUCUCAUAAACGAUCAGCUUAAACUCCUCAACUCAGAAAACCAGAAACAAGCGAUGUUGGUGCGGCAGCUCGAGGAAGAAUUGAGACUAAGGAUGCGAGGACCCAGUCUGGAAAUGCAGCAGCAGAUGGAAGGGUUGUGUAAAACACGCAAUGUUGGUGCGGCAGCUCGAGAAGAAUUGAGGACUAAGGAUGCGAGGACCCAGUCUGGAAAUGCAGAAGCAGAUGGAUGUAAACAAGCGAUGUUGGUGCGGCAGCUCGAGGAAGAAUUGAGACUAAGGAUGCGAGGACCCAGUCUGGAAAUGCAGCAGCAGAUGGAAGUGUUGUUCGCCGAGAAUGAACAUCUCACCCGAGAGAUUGCCAUUCUCAGGGAAACAAUCAAGCGCAGCCUGUCAGUUAUAUUGGCGGGAACAUUCCCUGGUUGGCGGGAGCAGGUGGCACAUCCUGACAUGCACGCAGCCCUCGGCACAUGCAAUCUCGGCGACCUCCGUCUUAGGCCAGGGACACACGGUCCGGGUGAACGCCCGUCCGAGUUUUGUCCGGGCUCCGGAUGA